AUGCAUGUUGAAUAUAUGGAACCUAAGGGAGAGGAAAGUCCACCGAAGGUAGAGGAAAGUCCACCUAAGGGAGAUGAAAGUCCGACAAUUCCGACUGGAUGGGAUGUUAAGUCCGAAGUUCAAAAGAAUGGUUCCAUAAAAAGGUCUUAUUAUUGUCCUGACACUGGGCAGAAUUUCUACACAUAUCCUAAUCUCAUUCGCUAUGUGAAUUAUGCUAAGCGAUAUCAGGUUGGCGCCUAUCAACUGUGUGGUAAAUCAAUUAGAAGAAGGGAAGACGAAGCGCUGAAGAAAAACACUUCUAUUGGUCGUAGGAAGACAUCAGCUGCCCUGUCAAUUCGUGGGAGACCAUCACGUCUAUCAAACUCAAAUUCAUUAGCUUCUGCCAAGAAUGAUGGGUCUAAACCAUCCAGCUCAGGUGAAAGCACCGAUGACGAGAAAGAUGAGGAUUAUAUACCCAAGUAA